AUGGUCGUUUAGCACGCGACUUAACUCGAGCGAUAUACCCAUGCGGGGUUAACGGCCGCACAGACUCGCCAUCGGCCGCGGAUGCCGCGAACUUUCGCCUCCAACAAUUUCGGCCUGGUCUCUUGUGAUACCGUACGCAAAGUCCAAUCGAUGCGCCAACAUGGCGGCAAAAGCUCAGACGCGGUUCUCCACAGACCAGAAUAAACGACCAACGAAAUCAUCAAAACCUGGCUUGUCAUCUAAGGCACGGAAACCAGGCUCUAUCAAGACCGCCGCAAAGCCAACGCAGCAAAAGGCGAAGCCAACCACAACACUCACCAAGAAGAAGCCACCGCACCUCCGCUAUACCGAGAAAGAGCUGAAGGUACCUCAACUCAACGGCAUCCGACCAACAGGCGUUCAGAAAGCAGCAAAGGCGAAGAAGGGCAAACACUUCGUCGACGACAAGGACCAGAUGAAUGCGAUCAUGGCUAUGGUUAUGGCGGAGAAGGAGGGCAACAUCGAGAGUAGGAUGAUGCGCGCGAGGCAGUUGGAGGAGAUCCGGGAGGCUAAGAGGGUGGAAGCGGAGAAGAGGGUGGAGGGAAAGAAAGCGGGGUUGGAAGAGCGGAAGCAGGAUAUUAAGGACAGCAAGCGCAAGAGGCGAGGGCAGACUAAUGGCGAUGCGAGGGCUGAAGAAGUGGUAGAUGUGGAAAAGUCGAAGAAGCCAAAGAAGAGGGUCAGUUUUGGAUGAAGACUGGUUCACCAUGGCUGCACCGUCUACAUCUGUCUAUCUCUUCUAUUGGCAACGGGUAGCGGUUGGACGAGCAUGCAAU